AUGGCCAACAGUUUCUUUCAUCUCGAAACCCCAUACGGGACCUGUCAAGUCGCAGAAAGUCUUCGAAAAUAUAGUGUUUCAUGGGAUAUGUAUCUUGAAGACUUCCGGGAGGGGCCUGAUGGUCCGGGAAACCUUCAUCAGGUAACCGGCAUUAGUGUGAGGGCCUGGCUUUGCGACUGGAAGAGAGGGAAAGUACGGGUGCUUUUAGGGCAACGCGCCGAGAAUGACUCGUCACCAAAUCUUUACGAAGCAUUUGGUGGAAAAUGCGAUCCAAAGGAAACAGUACUGGAGGCUUUGAUCCGCGAGUUCUGGGAAGAAACCAAGCUGAAAGUUCUGGUUAUCCAUGACGAAGUGCCCGAGGUCGAUGUUUUUUGUACGCCGAAUAGUAAACGAUGGAUUGCUCAAGUCCACUUCUUGCUCUCAGUCAAGCCGACUCGUGAAUCCUUCUGCGGCGAAGAAUUUCGCAUCAAGUUGGACCCUAAAGAGCAUCAAAGUUUCAUUUGGCUUGAUGGCAAUCUUGGUGCACUGGGAGGUCUACCACUCACGAAAGGCUCUCAAAGUCAUUUUGAGUCUGCAGUUGCAAAGUUCCGUGAAAAGGUACCUUGUCCCGAUUGGUAA